CGGUGGAAAACAAGUGUAGCCAUGUUUGAAAGUGUCCACUCGGCUGUAGCCAGGCAGCGGCCGCCUUUAAGGAAGCCUGCCCGCCCGCCAGUUGGACUCGACCGGUGCGUGUGAGCUGAAAGGCGGCCACUGAAAUCUCCCCACCGUGGCGUUCCGCACCGGAGCAACCGGCUUCUUGUUUUGCUUCAUUUUUUCAACAAGAUUCAACAAUGUGACCACAGAAGGAUGUAGCAGAACUCCGAUGGUCACCCAUCUCCCCUUACUUCACUAGAAUGUACUUGAUGACUGUACCGACUGUCGCCGCGCCUCGCACAGAAUGGAGACCAUGCGGCCCACCCGGGGGCUUUAGCCUUCCCGUCUGCUUCAAUGACUCGGACGCCGAGUUGUCCACCAGGGGUUCUCCUAUCUCGAACAAGGUCCAGAUGAUCAUUGAGAGCCUGAGGAGCUCUCACUCCUCACUGGAGAUGGGCGAUGAGACUGAGGAAAAUGCGCUUUCGAGGCAGGACGGUCCUCCUCAGAACUGUAAAUCUGCUGGGGGUUCUUUUGCGGCAGCCAAGUCCAAAAGCCAUUCGACUGGUGUUCUAACCCCGAUCCAGGACAGUGACAAGAGCAGUGACACCGACAGUGAUGAUUCUGUGGACAAAGGAAUCGAGGAGGCAAUACUGGAAUACCUGAAGGAGAAGGAUGGCCACAAAUGCAAGAUGGAACUGUCAUCUAGACAGACACAAACUAUUCCUGAGGUUGUCAAAGUCAAGUCCGAAAGCGACUCCUUUUCCGUCAUGAGCAGCCACUUCUCCAAAAGUGUCGCCCAAGCCCCCUUGGCAGGCGUCCCCUUGAAGAAGUACAUCAAACACAAGGUCAUGCUUCUAGAUCGGGAAGCCAGUCCCGUCACCCCAAACAGUCCGGCAUGCCAAGUCAAAGUGGAGAAUCUUUCCGACGACUCCAGCAGCAGUGACGACGGCAUCGAGGAGGCCAUUCAGAGGUACCAGCUGGAGAGAAUGGAGCAGCAGAUGAGAGGCGAAGCCUUCAAACCACUCGUGGAAGAGUCAGACUCUUCUAGCGAUGACGGCAUCGAGGAGGCUAUUCGCAGCUACCAGCUGGAGCAGCUCAAAGAAAAGACGUCCUUUCCUGACAGGAAGAAUAUAACAAACGCUAGCACUGAAAUCGCAAAAAAGCACAAACUUAAAAAGAAAAAGAAAAGAGCGGAGAAGGUGGUGAAGUCCGUAGAAUUGCCUUCUUCGACGGUCUUCAAGAGCUCGCUUGAUGUCGGCCAGAGAAGCAAAGGCAACGGUCUGCUGUCAUUCAGAGUCGAUGGCUUUAAAGACCAAGCUACACCCGCGCCCCCGAAAGCCAAUACCACCGCCGAGCUCAUGUGCGCAGAAGCCAUCCUGGACAUCUCCAAAACGGUCAUGCCCGCGGCCUUCGUGUCUCAUCCCAGCGCCGGUAACUGCAUCCUAGCAGGAUCUUCGCAUGCAACUCCAGAGGAAGAAAGCCACGACAGCUCCAUCGACAGUGAAGACGGCAUCGAGCAGGAAAUUAUGAAAUUCCUCGAGCAGAAGGCGCAGUUGGUCAAACAGUCACCCGAAUGCGCUGCGCCUCGAGACGAGCCGGAGACAAUGGCGGAAAAACACGAAGUACUUCUAAAGAAACCUUCCAGAUUGUCCUUAACGCACAGGCGGAAACGCAAGGACGAAAUCUGCCGGAUCGCCCUCAUGACGGCGGUGGAUGAAAACGCAGAACAAGACUCAUCAAGUAAGCCUUUAGAGCUCCACAGGGGGGAGUUGAGCCCGCUGCUUUUCUCCCAAGGAAGUCCAACACAAUCAUUGGACAAACAUAGUGGAGACAAGAGCAGUUCACUGGACAGUGACGAAGACCUCGACACGGCGAUAAAAGACCUCCUCAAGACGAAGAAGACAAAGAGAAAGACCAAGUCAGAGCGCAACGCAAUGAAGCGCCCAAAGGAAGCGGAACUGCUUCGAGCCCCGCUUACGAAAAAGGCCAAACCCGAUCCUCCGUCCAAGAUCGGUGCUACGAAAAGGGCUGACAAGAGGAAGAGCGACUUGAAGCACAAGCCUGGAUUGGUUAAAAAGACGGGAACUAAGCAAACCGGCAAAGGUCCAGUAGACACUCUAAGAGACAAAGACACUCUCCAGAUAAAAGAGGACAGCAGCUCGGUGGACAGUGACGACAGCAUCGAGCAGGAGAUCAGAAAGUUCCUCGCUGAGAAGGCGGAGAAGGUGUCAGAGACCACAAAGGAUGAAGAGGUACCGAGGAAUGGCACAGCUUCAUUUCGUCUAGACAUUAAGCAGGAAAAUCAGCUGGCUGAAAUUCCCAUAAAAAGUAUUUUGGGUCAACGCUCCCAUUUGACUGAACCACAUCACGACAAACCUAUGCCUCAGAAGAACCCCGCCGUCGGUCCACCUAUGCCUCAGAAGAACCCCGCCGUCGGUCCACAAUCACGCACUUUGGAGGCGGCGGAUGGGGCAUGGUCGGCCAGAUCCGAGCCGAGGCCGCCGAUCGGCCAGGUGUCCACCGAACAAACUGAGAGAGUUAAGAGCCUUUCUGGAGCUACCGUGGAUCGGUCUUACGCCGAGUCAGUCAAGUGGCGCCAGAGUUUUGGACUCCCCAUCAUUGAUCCCAAGAAUUUCAGUCGAACUCCAUUUCAUAUCAGCUCGCCCAAACACAGGACAGGGAGUCCAUCAGCGGCAUUUACUCAUCAAGGGAAAGCCACUGACCUCAGACCUUCCACCUUAGCCCCUUUUUGGUCCCCCGCAAGAGCGAGCAGCAGACCCCUUUUCUCCUGGUCCGCAGACCCGGCCGCAAAGGCGCCCGUGACGAGCCCCGUCUUGAGCUUCUUCUCCGCCAGGCAGAACCAAGGCGUGCUGCCUUCGACCUUCCAGCCGCGGCAGGCGGCGAGCACGGUGCACGUUCCCCGGGACAAGAGCGUGUUCGUGGAGCUGGAGUCCGGUAGGACCAACCACGUCCAGGUCCAGAGCGGUGAGGCCAGAGCUGACGGACAGAGUGAGAAUAGGAGCGGGAAGAUAGAAGGAGCUGAGGAGGAGUUUAUAGAUGAGUCAGAGAGUGAAAGUCCAGGGAAGAAGCCGAGCACUUUGUCCUUGUCCAGCACCAUCGACCCCGGCAUCGUCUUCCAGCCUUGCAUCGCUCUUUCCACAGCGGAGCGGAGCGUGAUGUUCCGUCGGAAAUACAGGGAGCAAAGAAGCAGUAGGGAGGGGACGGCGGGCCCUGACCAGCUGAGGCGUCAGGUCAAAAGAAAGCUGGAGUUUGUCCCUGCAUACAGACUACCAGAGCAGACGAGGAAGACGAAGCGACGCAUGCGCAUGGCGCUGACCUUCCAGACAGCGAGCAUGGCAACACGGACACUAACGAGAGGUUUGUUGGGACUAAGACAUGCUGCUGCUGUGAAACACGACAAGUGUGGAGGAUGUGUUUAUUCCUCGGCAGCGUCUUUACAGGCUCCACUGCCACAAACACAGCAAGUCUCUAAAAAUUCAGACGAGCUUUUCAAACUGACCCUUGAGAAAGAAGACUUCUUCAGGGUGUCUGAGCUUUUCUCCUUGAAGGACUUGUUUGAUGCCACAGUGCAUCUUGGCCAUAAGAAAGGAUGCAGACACAGGUUAAUGGAGCCCUACCUUUACGGCUGCCGUCUGGACCAGGACAUCAUCGACCUGGACCAGACCAUGGAACACCUCCAGCUCGCCCUCAACUUCACGGCGCACGUGGCUUUCCGCGGCGGCAUCAUCCUCUUCGUCAGCCGCCGCCGCCAGUUCUCCCACCUGGUGGAGAGCACGGCGAGGGACUGCGGCGAGUACGCCCACGCGCGCUACUGGCAGGGCGGCCUCCUCACCAACGCCCACGUCCAGUACGGCGCCGGCGUGCGCCUGCCGGACCUGGUGGUCUUCCUGUCCACGCUCAACACCGUCUUCCAGCAGCACGUCGGCGUCCGCGACGCCGCCAAGAUGAACAUUCCCACGGUGGGCGUGGUGGACUCCAACUGCAACCCCAGCCUGCUGACGUACCCCGUGCCCGGGAACGACGACACCCCGGUUGCCAUGGAGCUGUACUGUCGCCUCUUUAAGAUGACCAUCAACAGAGCCAAGGACAAGAGGAGGCAGAUGGAGCUGGUGCACGGCCUCUUGGCGCCCGCCUCGCCGACCCAAUGACCUGAUUGAAAGACGCUGUUUGAAGUGGAAUCUUUUUGUUUUGGGAACUGUGUGUAUAAUACUGAUGAUCUAAUACAUCUUGCAAUUGUAUCUAUUAUCUCCCAUAAAGUACACAUGUUAA